AUGGUGAAGAAGCAGUCUCCAAAGAAGCCGGAGGAUCAGACGGAUUCCACGGCCUCUGAUGGGGUUCUUAAAGCGGCAAAACCAAUAAAGAAACGUCCCUGGCGUGACAAAGUGCGCAAGAAGGCGCGUAAGGAAGCAGCGAAGGCAGAGGCAGAACGAGCGAAAUUAAAAGAGGCUAAAGAGGCUGUACAAAUUCCCGUUGGAGAAGCGAGUGUCCAAGAAGAAGAAGAAGAAAAGGAAAGAAGACAAUUUAGGACAGCUAGUGAAGAAAAGUUGGAGGAAAAGUCUCCAAAGAUGGUAUCUACCGCUCAACAGAGCCUUGAGAAGCUUGAGGCAGGUCGUUUCAGGUUCUUGAAUGAGCAGCUUUACACAAUGACGGGGUCAGAAGCAUGGAAAUACUUUCAAGAAGAUCCCGAUGCGUUCAAGUGUUAUCACAGUGGAUUCGCCGAGCAGGUGAAGAAAUGGCCAAAUCAUCCGCUUUCCUCCAUAAUACGGUGGCUGAAGACCAAACCAAAUGGGUCUGUUGUAUUUGACAUGGGAUGCGGAGAAGCAAAAAUAGCAGCUACCGUUGGUGAAAUACAUAAGGUUCGUUUGUUUCGAUAA